GACAGGAUAAUUACGAAUAAGCUUUUAAGCUCGCUGACUGAUGAAAAUAAAUAUACGAGUAGUACGUAGCAUAACAGCCAGACAGAUUUUAGCAUUCAAGAGAGUAAACCAUCUGACAAGAAAACUAAGCGACGCGUAUUAACUUUGCUUUGAAGUGGUAAUGGAAAAACUUUGUUAUUAAAAUGUGCGAAAAAUAUUAAAAUGAAAUGAAAAUACCAAAUGUGCUCAACUGAAAUACUUUUGAUUCCCCGGUUAAAUUUACGUUCUUAAAUGAAGGACAGUUUUUAAGUGAUUUUAUACACAUAUCCUUGCACUAAGCCAUUUUUGUCAAGCUCAUUUCUAUACGCAUAUCGAUGUAUAUUUGUAUGUCCUGCAGCUCCUGUAUGGUUAAUGUGAAAAUUGGUAAACCACAAAUGGAUUUUUGGAAAGUUUAUUAGUGUCGUCGUAUGCAGUUGGCUAAAUGAGUUAAGCUUCCCGCCCCGAAAAACUCAACUACACCGCACAAGACAACACUGACACACACCCCACACCUGGAAACCGCAGAACACCCAUACACCACACAUCACAUACAAAUGCACUACACUACUGGAAGCAGCCGCAUACACACACACACAGUAGGAUCUCUACAUAGCUCAACAUACAAAACAUCUGUCUUCGAAGCGGACAGCCCCUUCUCUCAGCGACUUUCGAGCAACAAGCAACGGACUUUCUUUCGGCGCGCGAGUCACUUCGUUUUCUUACAUCGGAGUGUGUGCGUUAAAAUAAUCUUUUUAGAAUUAUUCAAAAAUAAAUAAAUUGUGUGAACUUUUUGAAAAAACAAAAACCAUUUAUUCCGGAUAUUAAUUUAAUCUCAGUGGUGAAAGUGUCAAGUAAGUGCUGGUGUUAACAUUGGUCCUUCGACCCAUUCAGAAUGACACUAUUGUGAAAAUCAAAAAAAAUUUAUAAUAAAAAUAAAGGUGAACAAAAAACCUUAAAAAAUUUUUUAUACAAAAAAAUAAGUGACAAAUAAAUACAAAACAAACAUGAAAAGUGCUCAAAAGUGAAAGAAAUAAAAAACAGAAAACCAUACUUGUGUGCUGGCGAGAAGCCUAACAACAAAGGGUACUGCAAAAAAAAAGCAGAAGACAAAAAGUGCAGUGAUCACAACAACAAAAAAAUGUAUAUAUACAUAUGUUUUUGAUGCAUAAUUAAAGUGUAGUGACUAAAAGAAGCAAUAAUUAUACAAAAACAAAACGGGCGCGGAAAAACAACAAAUACAAUCAAAUGAAAACUGGCGCGAAUAAAAAACCAUAUAUAUAUAUAUACAUAUUAUAUUAACACAUAAAACGAGCGCGAAAUUAAUACAACAAAAAACACCCAAAAACACCUAGGAACAUCCCAGGAAAGGAUUUGGAUGCGUCUACAGGAAGUCCACAAACAAUAUAUGCAAGCUAUAGUCCCCAAAAUCCCUUGACGGAUAUUCAAAUAAUAAACGUCCGCUCGCUGACUUAUACAAAUACAGGACAUAUUAUUAUACUCUACUAGGGUACCACUCCAAGUUAAAGAAUUUCUAAAAGCGCAUUCAAAAUAAAAAAAUAAAAAACCAUCAACAACGGUUCGAUAAAGAAAAAACGAAUUCUUAAACAAUAUAUGUAAUGCAACUAGCGGACCUAGAAGUAAUUGGCACUCCGAAAAACAGGUAAACAAUGUGGUGUUUAAAGAAGCAGCAAACCGAAGGCACAUGUAAAUCAAAAUAAACUAACUCUGCAUGCUCAUAGUCCAAUCACAAAUGAGUUAAAAGCAAGAUUACAAAAGAUUCUUAACAAUUCUUUUAAUUCUUCGUAUUCAUGUCAUGGGCUGCAAGCUAAAUUUUCAUAAAUCAUUCAAACUCUCUGAAAAGUUGCAUUAUGUGUUUCUCUAUAAAUUCUCUAUAAUUUUUAAAGUUUGUCCGAACUACUUCACAAAUUGGUCCCGACCGUGAAUAAAGUAUGUAUGUAUGAGUAUAUGGGUGAAAGAGGAGUGUAAUGUGGUGAUCUAAUUGUAUUUGAUGCUUAGGGCAACAUUUUUUGUAUUUUGUUAGUGCGAUAUCAAAAAGAACUUUGUAGGAUGGCACCUUUUAAACUGAAAUUCCGAAUGGGCAGCUCGCGCAGCACAUCUCAAGAGCACGAUUCAGAUCCACAGGUAAACGAAGCGCUACUCAACCAUCAUCAGCAUCAUUCGACAGCCAUAGGUGCCAGUAGCUCCACCAUCGAUUCAACCGACUGCACUAGUCUCGGUUCCAUGGGUACCAACGAGCGAAAAUCUUUACUGCCCAACAAAAGCAACAAUAUGCGACUAGGAUACAUCGAUCACAGGUUCACAACAAGUAAUGGCGAACCGACAACAGAAUCAAGUGCUAUUCCUACAACUCCUCCAUCCACCUACAAUUAUAUGCUAGAAGAGCUGAAACUUAUCUCCCAUGAUGAGAGCACAAUCAACGGUCGCCGUGAUUCCUUAAAUAAUCCAAGAAACAACAUUAUUUUGUCGUCAAUAGAACAUCUCGCACUAAAUGAGGAAGUCACCAUUGAAUGCACUGACCCCAAUUGCCAGGACAAUUAUUUGUGCAACGAGCAACUUUUACAGCAACGACAACAGAACGCAACCUUAAACGAGUUCAACAAUUUCCAUGAGUUCAUUGAGCAAUCACGAAUAAUAAACCAAAAUAUUCGUAACAACGAGGUCAAAAAUUCCGAAGGGGAAGACGAGUGCGAGGAAGACAAUCGUAAAGAGUCGAUAGAUUCUACAGAACUUUUGAUAUCUACGAAAAUGACAACUUCAACGACAUCAGUAUCAACCGAACACGAAACCACUAAUCUAAUGGAUAACUUUAGAGGUGACUGUGCACAAUGCGAAGCAGAUCACUAUAAUGAGGAAUGCAACGAUGAAUGCAACACUAGUAGCAAAACCAAUCGUGGCGGCAAUAGCAAUGACUUUUUCGAUCCACUAAUUAAUCAUGGUGGAUACUGUAGUGAAGCAACGCAUUAUAACCAGGAGAGUGGCGAUAAUCAGCUGCGGGAUGAGUGUCAGGGUAGUCAGUGUGAUAGCGAUGGCGAUGGCGGUUGGAGCCAGCAUCAAGAAAUGUCGAACAGGCAUAAUCAUGAGCAUCAACUACAACAACAACACCAAUCGCAAACAUACGAUUACGAGUAUAACAGCAAACAGCCCACACAGGAACGCUCCAUCACACCGGAAAUAAUAAGCAACAAAUCGUCAAAGGAAAUAUACAAAGAUUUAGCCAAAGAAUGGGGCAUCACGUGUAAGAUGUCAGACACAUGCCGUUGCAUGGAGUGUCAGGGUCAUUAUUUUGAUUGUGAAUACGACGACAAUGAGCACCAGAAAACGGAUGGCGGACUGGGUGCGGGUACACCGAUGUUUAUCAGUGAAGUAAUGCACGGUUCCGCUUGCAGCAUUCUCUAAACUCGAGACCUUCUACAAGUAGAUAUAUGGAUGUUUUGAAAAGAAAGAGAGGUCUUAACAUGUUUGACCAUAUCUAGGCAUAGUUCAUAUGAAAAUGUUUAUGGAUUCGGUGGAAGGCUAUAUGGAGUGUUGAUCUACAUUUGCAUACUCAUACAUAUGUAUAGCCAAUUAGUCAAAUAAUGAACAACGUGAAUGCAAACCCUUUUGUUUUAAUGCUCUUACAGCAGUAUAAGCACACACACACACACACCUACAAGUAAAUAUAUAGAAACGAAAAAGCAUUGAAUAUUCAAAACUAAAUGUUGUAGUUGGAACAUUGGCCCACUAAGUUUUAUUGAAACUAUAAGCACUGAUAAAAAUGUUUAUAAAGAGAAUAUUCUACAAAUACGAUGACAGUAAAGGUAUUAGAGAAAAUUUGUACACAUGUUUCGUGCAGUUGAUUUGAACCUCCUUGAGGAAGAAUUUAAGAUGAGGAAUUUUUGUAGAGGCAUUGCUAACUUUAAUUUUCUUUUUAUAACAUCUAAGUGAUUAAAAAAAUAUGUACUAUGUAUUUUUAUUCAUAUUUACGAGUUUUAGGUAUGUAAACAUCACUUGCCAGACGCUUUAAGGAAGUUUGAAGGUGAAUUAGGUAAUCUUUGAACGAAAUAUAGUAAUUUAACUAAUUUUACCCAUGGAAGUUAUGCAAUUUGUUUUCACGUUUCAACUUAAAAUAUGAUGCUAUUAGAUAAAUUAAACUUCCCGAUUUAGCAGGUUAUAACAUAAGUGAAGAGUUUCUACAUAUUUUGACUGAUGCAGAAGAAACACUAUCCCCCGCUUAAUUGACCCCUUGUUAAUUGAUUUUGCCGCUUAUUUAAAUCACUUAAUCGGUCAAAAUAUAUUGCAUACAAAAUACGUGUAAUUUUUUUUGUUUUCCCGCAUAAUUGGUUAAAAAUAUGUUUUUGAAAAAAAUAUACCUUUAAUUUCCCCCGGUUAGUUACAUAAAAAACUUUCGUUAAAAAAAUAAUCUGGCAUUGCCGCUCAUACAUACACAUUUCGCACCAUUAGUGAUAAGCAGCAGUUAACAUGGUUGACUUCGAAAACGUACUACUGCAAAGAAUCGAUACAGUUUGACUACAGUAUUUCCCAUAUACAUCCUUGGUAUGCAACGUCAAACAACAUUGUAAAUUGAUGCGCUGUAUAAUUUGACGUUACAGAACACUUUUACUGCAAAGUUUGUUUACCUUCGCAAUAAACCGUUUUUUUUUGCGAGCGUAUAAAGAUAAAAAAUGUAAAAAUUAAAACCAAAUUUAAUAUAAAUAAGUAAAACAACUAAUCUUUACAAUCUAACUCCUCCAUCGUUACAUAUGAACAUGUCAAAAAGCAUCCACUUUAUUUGUGAUGUGCGAUUUGCUCUGUCAUUGCAAUCGACUCCCGGUUUAAUGCAUUUCAACACAUGAUGCAAUGUCAAAUAUAUUUCGGAUGCAUUACAGAACAUUAUACUUUGUUCUUAUACCAUACAUUGCAAUUGACGUUUUCGAAGUCAGCCCAUCUCUGCAAAGCAAUUGAAAACAUAUGUUUAUUGAUGAAGAUAUAAUAUUUUGGAUCGUGCUGAUGUUAGGGAUGUAAAGAAAGAAGAUGAUCCUCCAAUGCUUUCGUCAGCUCUCGAAGUUUUAAAACAGAUAUGAGAAAACUUACUUCAAACAUAUUUUUAUAAGCAAUAACAUGCAUUUUUUUGUUCCUUAAGUUAAUUUUUUUUAUUACAAUGAUCUAUAUAUAUAUAAGUACAUUGUCUUGUUUUUAUUCUUUUGUUUCCGUUCAAAGUUAAAAAUAUUAUUUAAAUAUCAUUAAGUGCACAUAUGAAUUAUUUUUAAUUGAUUAAGUUGUCCAAUUAAGCGAGUUUCGUGUAAUUGAACGAAUUGUUCAAUUAAACGAGUAUCGGGUAAUUGAACCAAAAUGUGUGCAAGUUUUGAAGUGCAAUUAUCCGGGGGAUACUGUACAUAUAAAAGAUAGGCGUUUAUUCAAAUUCAAUUUCAAAAUACAAGGAAAAUUCCUUCUGCAAAAACAAAAGCAAACAUUAAUCUGGAGUUUAAAACUCAAAGUAAUUCAAAUAAAUAGAUUGUAACUACAUUAUAAGUAACCAUAAGAAAGAAUUUAGAAGACGUUGCUAUUAAAAAGAAGCCUUAUUACUGUUUAGUCGGCGAAAAAAUUAGUAGUGAACCUCUUCCGUGUAGCAUUGCAAACAUAUAUAACGGUAUGGCGCCCACACUAUACUUACUUAGACUGCUUAAACUUUUUUGUUUGUUCUCAUCCACUCUUUGUUAGUUUGAGCAUUUGGUGCAUACUAAAGGAGUAGAAACUUCUCAAGCCUCCUAUUUUACAUUUCGCAAGACUUGAACUAAGUUUUUUACGUCAAACGCGCCUAAUGCUUGAUUAUCUUUUUGUCACAAGCACACCAACAACUUUAUGUAACAAAUCCUUCUGUUGUGAUAACGGUUUCUACAAAGAGAUGAUGGUUUCUCGAAACAACCAAAAUAUCGGUAACCCUUAAACUGCUGUUUUUAACACACCAUAAAAAUCAAAAAUACCUAUUUAUAUUAUUUCUUAUGUUAAGCUUAUACAAUCGUACCUACACACAAAUUUUGUUUAAUCAUUGAAGUUGUUUAUGUAUCUAUCAAUCAAAUCUUUGUUGUAUUUGCGAGUUAUUACUGCAAUACAUAAUUGUAUAAAUAAAUAUGUUCACAAAAGACUUCGACUCUUUUAAAUAAAAAAAUAUUUACUGUAA